UCCAGGACACCAAAGGAGCGGGUAAAAGAGGAGAGACAGCUCAGAGGCACCUGGCGGGCGCUCGCCGAACGCCCCGCCAGAAGCCCGCGGCCCGAGCACGCACUACAAAUACCAGAAGCCCCGGCUUCCUGGAGCCCGCGCCUAGUCGCGCAACGCACGCCGGGAGCCGGCCCGAGCCGCCAAGAUGUCGCAGCCCAAGAGAAGGAAGCUUGAGUCGGGGGGCGGCGGCGAAGGAGGGGAGGGAACCGAAGAGGAAGAUGGCGGAGAGCUGGAGGUGGCUCUGCCGCGACCCCGGAGGACUAGGCGGGAGCGGGACCAGCUGUACUACCAGUGCUACUCGGACGUAUCGGUCCACGAGGAGAUGAUUGCUGACCGCGUCCGCACCGAUGCCUACCGCCUAGGCAUCCUGCGGAACUGGGCAGCGCUGCGGGGCAAGACCGUGCUGGACGUGGGCGCGGGCACUGGCAUUCUCAGCAUCUUCUGCGCCCAGGCCGGGGCCCGGCGCGUGUACGCGGUGGAGGCCAGCGACAUCUGGCAACAGGCCCGGGAGGUGGUGCGGCUCAACGGGCUGGAGGACCGGGUGCACGUCCUGCCGGGGCCGGUGGAGACGGUGGAGUUGCCGGAGCAGGUGGAUGCCAUCGUGAGCGAGUGGAUGGGCUGCGGACUCCUGCACGAGUCCAUGCUGAGCUCUGUGCUCCACGCGCGGACCAAGUGGCUGAAGGAGGGCGGUCUUCUGCUGCCGGCUUCCGCCGAGCUCUUCGUGGCGCCCGUCAGCGACCAGAUGCUGGAGCUGCGCCUGAGCUUCUGGAGCCAGAUGAAGCAGCUCUACGGUGUGGACAUGAGCUGCCUGGAGAGCUUCGCCACGCGCUGCCUCAUGGGCCACUCAGAGAUCGUGGUGCAGGGCCUGUCCGGCGAGGAUGUGCUGGCCCGGCCGCAGUGCUUUGCUCAGCUGGAGCUGGCCCGCGCCGGCCUGGAGCAGGAGCUGGAGGCCGGGGUGGGAGGGCGCUUCCGUUUCAGCUGCUACGGCUCGGCUCACAUGCACGGCUUUGCCAUCUGGUUCCAGGUGACCUUCCCCGGAGGGGACUCGGAGAAACCCCUGGUGCUGUCCACCUCGCCUUUUCACCCCGUCACGCACUGGAAGCAGGCACUCCUCUACCUGAACGAGCCUGUGCAAGUGGAGCAGGACACGGACGUUUCCGGAGAGAUCACGCUGCUGCCCUCCCAGGACAACCACCGUCACCUGCGCGUGCUGCUGCGCUACAAAGUGGGCGACCAGGAGGAGAAGACCAAAGACUUUGCCAUGGAGGACUGAGCGUGGCCCUCGCUCCCAGCUACCUCGCGAGGCGGCCAGCCCUGCGCGGUAGAGGCGGAGGGGGGUCGGAGGAGAAAGGGAAGUCUCUCGUGCAAGUAGGGGGCAUUCUCCGCCAUCUCCCUUUUCCCUCAGGGCUCCUGGGGAGGGAAAGUAACCUCAGUCUCCCUUCGAGGAGAUUCUUCUGGCGAUAUUUAUUAAAAAGCGAUUUCG